AUGAUGCAGAACCCGCUGCUGUCGUACCCGGCGUUCAGCCACUUCCUGGAGCUGCGCCACCACCACCACCAACAGCAGCAGCACGCCCAGCACAGCCACCAGCAGCAGCACCAGCCGCAGGCGACGGCGGCCUCCGGCGCGGGCGCGCCGCCGCCCCCGCCGCCCCCACCGCCCCCGACGACAUCGUUUUUCAUGUACGCCGCGGCGGCAGCGGCCGGCACGGGCUCUCCCGCCGCAUCCGCGGCCGCCGCCGCCGCCGCCGCUGCCGCCGCCACGGCCGCCGCUGCCGCCGCCACCGCGAGGCCGCCCCCCAGCAAGUCGUUCACCAUAGACGCCAUCCUGGGGCUGCGCGCCACCGACCUCAGCACCGCCGCCUCCACCGCCUCCGCCGCCGCCACCAGGACUGCCGGAUCCGCCUCCGCAGUGGCCGCGUGUCGGAGGACCAACCCUUCUGCUUCGGGCGAGAAGGGCGGCGCCGGUUCUUCGGAGGGCCGCAAGCAGUCGGCGGGGAAGUGCAAGCGCGUACGCACCAUCUUCACGCCGGAGCAGCUGGAGCGGCUGGAGGCGGAGUUCGAGCGCCAGCAGUACAUGGUGGGGCCCGAGCGCCUCUACCUGGCGCACGCGCUCCAGCUCACUGAGGCACAGGUGAAGGUGUGGUUCCAGAAUCGACGCAUAAAGUGGCGCAAGCAGCACUUGGAGCUGCAGCAGCAACGGCUGGCGCAGCUGAAGCAGCAACAGCAGCAGCUGCACCAUCACCAGCAGCAGCAGCAUCACCAGCUGGAGGCGUCCACUCCCGGCGACAGCGACGGCGACAGCUGCAACAGCGGGCCCGACAGCCCCCCGCCCCCACCCCCGCAGCCGCAGCAGCAGCAGCAGCCAGCCUUCCCCACACAGUAG